GAAAUAUUAUAUGCUAGCGCUAAAUGAGAAAAAGAGAAUAAAUGAGAAAAAGAGAAUGAUAGUACAGUAAAAUUAGGCUGUCGACAGAAGGGCAAUCUGUUCACUUCUAAUAAGGAGGGGCUUUAUACUUUAUAGUGUUUGACAUCAGUUAUCAAAUAUGGACAGGAAGGGAUCUCACAAUAUCAUUUCUUCCUUUCUUCUACCUUUGUCGUUGCUAUAAUGGCAGCUUAGAAAGAUUUGACAGAGAUGGGGAAGACAAGCAAAUGGCUUAGAAACUUCUUGACAGGGAAAAAAGACAAGGAAAAGUUGCCACGUAAUCAGAGUUCUUGCAUUGCCAUUGAGAACAAUCCGACAACUCCGAUUUCCACCCCACAGACACCGAAAGAGAAAAGGCGAUGGAGUUUUCGAAGAUCUUCAGCCGCAGCUGCGGCUCCCAAGGACUCAAAUCCUGUGGAACCCAUUGCCACAAUGCCACCAGCUGUACAGACCGCUUUGGACGCUGAAAAUGAGCAGAAAAAGCAAGCCAUGGCAAUGGCAGCAGCCACGACUGCAGCAGCAGAUGCUGCCGUGGCUGCUGCACAGGCUGCAGCUGCGGUGAUCCGACUCACAGCAGCUGCCAAUGGCAGAACUAGUGCAGUUGAAGUGGUUGCUGCAAUAAAAAUCCAAUCGGUUUUCCGCUCUUAUUUGGCAAGGAAAGCACUGUCCGCGUUAAAAGGACUAGUGAAGUUGCAGGCAUUGGUGAGAGGUCACCUGGUGAGGAAACAAGCGACGGCUACACUUCGGUGCAUGCAGGCACUGGUGACAGUACAGGCUAGAGCUCUGGCACAGAGAAUCCGGAUGGCUGAAGAAGCGAAGCCUGUUAAUCAGCACAGAAAAUCGACACAAGAAAAUCAGUUCAGACACUCCUAUCAUGAGAUGGAUAGAGGCAUAGAGGACAUUAAGAUUGUGGAGAUGGAUCUUGGCGCAACAAAAGGAAGCUUAAAGAGCAGGAAUAGCUACUCUAGCCAGCCGCAAUACGAACGAAUAGAACAUAAAUUCUCCACUCAAUAUGCACCAAAUUGUGUUUACUCCAAGCAAGACAACUACCAGGCCUCACCGGCUCCAUCAGCUUUAACUGACAUGAGCCCAGGAGCCUGCAGUGGGCAUUUCGAUGACUAUUCCUUCGAUACAGCGCAAAGCAGCCCACAGUACUACUCCGCUGCGUCCAAGCCCGAUCCUUCAAGGGUUCCUUUCGCUUUCCCCAGGCCAAAUUAUACAGAAUCCAUGUCCUACGACUACCAAUUAUUCCCAAAUUACAUGGCCAACACGCAAUCUUCAAGAGCCAAAGUCCGGUCACAGAGUGCACCAAAGCAAAGGCCAGACACAAUUGAGAGGCAACCAAGCCGGCGUAGGGCAUCAAUGGAAGGGAGGAAUGUCCCCAGGGCGGUGCGGAUGCAGAGGUCAUCUUCACACGUGGGCUCAACUGCUCAAAACUACCAAUACCCAUGGCCAAUCAAGCUUGAUAGAUCGACAGUUUCACUUAAAGACAGUGAGUGUGGAUCCUCUAGUACAGUACUCACAAAUACAAACCACUGCAGAUCGCUUGUUGCAUUUGAUCUUCAUGGAAAUAGAUCGGCGGUGCAUCCCUCACUCCAAUUUUAACCGAAACUCGUGUAUGUUGCUACCCGAAGAGACAUGGGGAUGCCAAGCAGGCAUUGAACGUUUUAAGAGGGAAUGAUAAAAAAUGGUGAAGCUGGUUGAUAUAGAAGCCGCUAUUGACUCCCGAGUCCCCCGGGACCCCCUCCCCCCCAAUCCAAAAGAUUCUGAAUCUCAGUGUUACUGCAUGAUGUGCCCUAUUGUAAGGGAUCCUUUUGAACCUUGGCUGAACGUAUCAAUGAGGCCGUGAAACUGUAAAAAACAAUUCCAUAAGGAGCACAACUUGAUUGUACUCUUUUCUGUUUAUAGACAUUUGUGAGGUGUGAUUUUCUCC